AUGACUCUUUGCAGCUUCAUCACCAGAGUGAACAACCACAUCGCGCAAAAUCAGCCGCAUUCACGCCCAGCCCCCAUGACAUUUGUUUCUCCCUUGCUGUCACAUCCAAGGGAUACGAAAAAUGUCGGCAACAACAUCGGCCCUUUCGGUACGCCAGGAUUAUUGGUGCAGGCCUCGGCCAAAGUGGCCACGAUUAUGCCAGCCAUCAACAAUGAAGGUUCUGUUGGGCGGGUGGAAGACUUUACCAUGCACGUCACUUGGGCUGGAAUACCUGCCGCAGGUAUUGGAUUCAAGCAAGUGCGGAAAUGA